AAUUAAUUAGCAAAGAGUUGAAAAUAUUAGUGAAGAUGAAUAAGUUAUCAGUGUUGUGCAUGUUAGUGUUGGUGACAUUAGCAAUGGGUAAUAUAGAAGAUGAUGUAAAAGAUUGUGCAGAACAACUUGGAGAUUUGGCAUCAUGCAUACCAUAUGUUAGUGGCACAGCAAAAAUGCCAACACCUGAAUGUUGUGAGGAUACUCAGAAAUUAAAAGCUGCUAAGCCUAAAUGCCUUUGUGUUCUCAUUAAAGAGAGCACUGAUCCAUCUUUAGGCCUACCUAUUAACACUACUUUAGCUCUUCAAAUGCCAGCUGCUUGCAAAAUUGAUGCCAAAGUAUCUGAUUGCCCAUCAUUACUGAAGAUCCCAGCAGAUUCACCAGAUGCAAAGAUUUUUAAAAUAACUGAUUCAGCUUCUACCACAACCUCAUCAUCCCCUGCUUCUUCUAGUUCAGACACAAAGAGUACUACUUCAGAUACCAAGAGUACUACUCCUACAAGCACCAGUGGAGUUGCAAAGCAGAUCAGCACCAACGUUAUACUGACUAUGGCACUUACAGUAAUUGCAUUGAUCUUUAUUUAGAAUAAUUUGAGCAAGGCUAAUUAAUUAUGGAAACUAGCUAGGGAUCAUCUCUAUUUCUAUUGUUAGUUUCGUUUCUUGUUUUAACUUGUUUCACUCUUAGGUCCAAAUAAAAUAUC